UCUUGUUCUUAAAUAUAUCUUCCUUUUUUUUUUGUCUUGGAAAAAAUGGCUCCAAGAGGGGAUUCUUGGAGGCACAAUGAAGAAGUUAUUCUUUGCCAAGCUUGGAUCACCGUUGGGGGUGAUGGUUGCGUCGGAAAAGAUCAAAAGUCGGACUUAUUGUGGAGUCGUGUGGCGGAGGAGUACAAUGCUCACAAACCGGCUGGUUGCAUGGAUAGAACACAUUCUAGUUGCCACGCUCGUUGGAAGAAAAUAAGUCCGGCAUGUAUGAAGUGGCGCCAAGCUCUUAACAAAGUCGAACACUUUCAACGAAGAAGCGGCGAAAAUAUGGAGGACGAGCUCAUGAAUGUUAAAUCAACGUACUACGACUCGGAAGGUUGUGAUUUUGUGUUUGAGCAUUGUUGGCAAUACUUGAAAAAUACAGAAAAGUUUGGAAAAACGCCAUCAAUUGAAAACACCCACUUUAGUGUUCCUAAUCAUGUCAACUUGGAUGACGAUGGAACACCCACUACUGAGGAUGAGCUUCCCUCAUCAAGAAAGAAAUGUUAUGAACAAACAGAACGCGAGCACCAACAAAGGCAAAGACAGUUUGAGGAAGGUCAACUAAUUGAGCAACGCACUGAGGAUGCUCGCACGAUGCAGGUGGAUCCAUCAAUUUUCACCCCAAGAAAGAGGAGUUAUUGGGAGAGGAAGCAACAACAAAUAAUUGAUAAGGAGGCAGAAACUUCAAGCAUCCCAGAACAAUCUCAAGAUCCUACACCCCCUGAAGGAGACAACACAUGCUUGACCACUUAUGAUCCACUUGGCAAGACAUAUUGGAUGUAA